AUGCCGUUGAAAGGGCUAAAAAAGGAGACUUACUUAAAAAGGAAGAGCGAGAAGAAAGUAAAAAAUAUCAACCAAAUGUCUCCAAGAGAACAAAGAGCACAAAGAAAGCGUUGGAGAGAAAAUUCGAAGCGAUACCUGGAGAAGGAAGCACAAGAACGGAAGAUACAAGAAGUAACCAUUUCUCAAGUGCUCGAAGCUCACACAAAAAUAAAUGAUAAAGAGUUCUCCGAUCCCAUGUAUGAGGAAAAUAUAAAAAAGAGAUAA